CUCUACUUCGAUCAAUCCUCUUUGGUAAGCGCUAACAAUUUCUGAAGUUGACAAAAUACACCUCAACCAUCUUCGUUGAUGAAAUAGCGAUCAACCUCUAUGUGGAACUAAAAUAAAUUUGAAUAAAUUCAUCACUAAUGUAACGUUGACAUUAUCCAGAAUACGAAAAAAUGUCGAGUUUCGCGAAAAAUCAGUUGUUGAAAUACGGCUGGACAGAAGGCAAAGGUCUUGGUAAAAAUGAAAACGGUAUAGUUGAUGCUCUGAAACCAAAAUUGAAAUUUGACAGAAUCGGAAUGGGCCAUGAUGGAGCUGAGUACAAUUGGUGGGAACAUAUUUACAACGAAGCAUCAAACAAUUUAGAAGUUAAAUCUGAUUCUACAAACAUAAAUUUAACUAUUAAAGAAGAAGAUGCAGUGAGAAUAGCCACGUGUAAAUCCGAACUCACGUCAAGAACAACAAAAAAUAAUAAUCUAGAAUUUGGAAAUUUCAUCAAGACAUCAAUUCUACAAGAUGGAAAAAACACUGAAGAAGAUGUAUUGGCGAGGAAUAAUUUCCAAACAACAACGAAAAGUGAAAUGAUUUCAUUUUUGACAGAUGAAGAGAUAUUUAAGGCCUGUGGAGGGCGAACUGCUCACAAAGGUGCAAGGCACGGUCUAAAAUUAUCUGGAAAACUUGCAAGGAUUGAGAGACAAGAACAAGAUAUACUUGCCUCCCAAAGUCAACCGUCGACUUCUUCUAAUUGGGUAACCGUUGAAAUAAAACGUAAGAAGAAGCGGAAACAUGAGAAAAUGGAUUUAGAAGUUGUAGAUAAUGAGAUCUUGGCUAUCAGAUUUGACUCUGAAAAAUGUCCAAAAGAUCUGAGUGAAAAUUCCUCACUUUCUCCAAAAUUGAAAUCCAAAAAAUCCCGACUGAAGGAGAAGAGAAAACUCGAAGAUUUAACGCAUAAAAUGUUAACCUCUCUAGAUUUAUCUGAAGAUUCAGGAGCUCCUGAAGAAAAAAAAAGAAGGAAGAAGCAUAAAAAAUCUGCAAAAGAAGAUGAACAGUCUAAUCAUAAUCAUAAAAUAAAUGAAACAGCAGACAAUGUUCCACGACCUUUAAUUGAGAAUUUUGAGGCAGUGGUCGAAGAUCCUGCAUGUAAUGACGAUGGAUUCGUCUCCGGGGAUGAUUUGACAGAGCCUCAAGUAAGAACUUGUAAAGAUGCUAAGAUACUCAAUCAAAAAAUCCAGAAGAAAAAGAGAAAAAAGUUGCAACGGCUAGAGAUGAAGAAAUUAGAAAAGUUGUCCGAAACAUUGAAGACCCUGGACUUAACUACCAAUGCUGAGACGAACACUUCAGGAAAAGUCAGGAAAGAGAAAAAAAAUAAACAUUGAAUUUAAACCGGAAAUUCUUUUGAGUUUAAGAAGUGCUCAACUAACAAAAAGUUCAACGAUUUUUACACAUAUACAUUUCGUUCUUUUGGAGAUGUACAUAAUUUGAAAAAAUUGUAAUAAAUUUUAGAAUUCAUCUUCAA